CCGGGUGACCACUCUGACUGCAACGCGUACAGACACACUUCUCUGGACCUCGACACUCUUUCACCUUCUUUCCUCCGGUGUAUGUUGAGGACGAGCAUCCCCACAGCAGCGUGAAAGGCUGAAGGGUUAUGCUGCUCGGCAAUGGUGCUGUCGUCUGCGUCCUACUGACAAGCCAUCUCAGUGGCUAUUGAAGCGACCAUGUGUCAGUCGGAGGAGCCGGGGGCCAGACUGGGCCUGAACAGUCCUGACCUGCUGGUAAGAGAGGCUUUUCUGAUGGCCCAUGACUACAUAGACUAUGUAACCUCGGGGGGGGCAGAUGGCUCCAUGGGUCCCGCCCCUACAGCCUGCACCGCAGCCCUGCGCCACGCCGGAGACGAGCUCCUCACCCGCUUCCCCAUCUUCUUCAGGCGCUGGCCGCGUGUCUUCCAGGAUGUGACGGAGGACACGGCCUGCCCCACGCUCCUGAGCAUCCUGGACGAGCACUUCUUCGCCCCUGUCCCUGGGGGGCGGCGCAGGGACCUGGCCUGGAGCGCAGUGUUAUCGGUUUAUGUGCUGGCUGGCCAGAUGGCUCUGCAUUGCCAUGAGAGGGACAUGGUGGUGGUCCUGCCACAGCUGAAGGACCGCGUGGGGGCCUAUGUGGAGAGCGUCAUCUGCCCUGAGAUACGAGACAAGGGAGGAUGGAGUGGUUUUGUGUCACGCUUUGGAGAGAAGCAGGGCCUGGAAGGCCAGGUGAAGAAGGUGUGCAGUUGGACACUGCUGGCUUUGGCUAUAAGCAUCCUCACCUACUGCCUGUGGAAAAGAAUGGUUUAGCCAACACUGCCACCUAGGGGCCACAAUCAGAACGCCUCACAGAGCUUUCUGACAAAUGAAAAUGUCUGCAGAGGUAUUUUACAGUGCAUCUUAAUUCUGUAGAAAUGUAUCAGUGAAUGACAGAUUAAAAUCUGUAUAAUUCACAUCGACAGCAUACUUAAUGUGUUCAUGUAUAAACCUGUGGUGGCCUCUGGUCAACAGCAUUUUAAGGAACACGCUGAAGCAGAUGAACUUUGAUCUGUUCAGGACUGCAGGUACACAUGAAUUCAGUUCAGAUUACAGAGCAGACUGGAAUGUACUGCAUGUGUGAAAUAAUACUUGAGAUCCACUAAUCAUCCAUUUCCACACCUUUCACAGCACAAACAUUUAGAAUACAAGUUUCUCAUUGAUAUGCCAAGCUGAUGUAUAUGGGUCAAAUGAUUCAUUUCAGUAAUUCACACCUACAUCUGUUGUAUGAAAAAUUAAAAAUAGCUUCACUAUGUGGUGCAUCUGCUAAGACAAAACCUCAACUACCAUCAUCAUAUACCAAGUCAUUAACCAGCAAGGCAGAUUUCAAAUAAGCAGAAGAACUUUUAUUAACAUCAACAGCAGACAGAACACUGAAAACUGGAAAGAACUCUUCAGAUCAUUGCAGUGAAUUGUAAUGUACCGACAGCAGAGCUUUGGACGAGCACUACAUUUAGGCCAGCUCCUCCUCACCCUCCUCAUCAAACUCUCCCUCCUCCUCAGCAGUGGCGUCCUGGUACUGCUGGUAUUCAGACACCAGGUCGUUCAUGUUGCUCUCUGCCUCGGUGAACUCCAUCUCAUCCAUGCCCUCGCCGGUGUACCAGUGGAGGAAAGCUUUGCGCCUGAACAUGGCUGUGAACUGCUCAGAGAUGCGCUUGAACAGCUCCUGGAUGGCUGUGCUGUUGCCGAUGAAGGUGGCAGCCAUCUUGAGGCCACGGGGAGGAAUGUCGCAGACUGCGGUCUUGACGUUGUUGGGGAUCCAUUCAACAAAGUAGCUGCUGUUCUUGUUCUGCACAUUCAGCAUCUGCUCAUCAACCUCCUUCAUAGACAUUCGGCCACGGAAGAUGGCAGCCACUGUCAGGUAGCGGCCGUGACGUGGAUCGCAGGCAGCCAUCAUGUUCUUGGCGUCGAACAUCUGCUGGGUGAGCUCUGGCACAGUGAGAGACCUGUACUGCUGGCUACCUCGGCUUGUGAGGGGAGCAAAGCCUGGCAUGAAGAAGUGCAGGCGGGGGAAUGGCACCAUGUUGACAGCGAGCUUUCGCAGGUCAGCGUUGAGCUGCCCAGGGAACCGGAGGCAGGUGGUGACGCCGCUCAUAGUGGCAGAGACCAGGUGGUUGAGGUCUCCAUAUGAGGGGGUUGUAAGUUUGAGGGUACGGAAACAGAUGUCAUACAGGGCCUCAUUGUCGAUGCAAUAGGUCUCGUCUGUGUUUUCCACAAGCUGGUGGACUGAUAAUGUUGCGUUGUAGGGCUCAACAACUGUGUCUGAUACUUUGGGGGAAGGCACCACACUGAAGGUGUUCAUGAUGCGGUCGGGGUACUCUUCACGGAUCUUGCUGAUGAGCAGGGUGCCCAUACCAGAUCCUGUACCGCCACCCAAGGAGUGAGUGAGCUGGAAGCCCUGAAGGCAGUCGCAGCUCUCUGCCUCCUUCCUCACCACAUCCAGGACAGAGUCCACCAGCUCUGCACCCUCCGUGUAGUGACCCUUGGCCCAGUUGUUGCCAGCACCACUCUGGCCUGUAAGAGAGGAAUAAAAAACGGUUAAGCACCAAACACUCAGGGUGCAUCAUAAUUAGCAGCUGAACUUUUAAGACAAAUUAUUUUUUUUUUUUAAUUAAAAAAAAAAAAAAAAAAAAAGUACCGAAGACAAAGUUGUCUGGUCUAAAGAUCUGGCCAAACGGUCCAGACCUCACAGAGUCCAUGGUUCCUGGCUCCAGAUCAACCAGCACAGCACGGGGCACAUAUUUACCACCUUAAAAACAAAACAAAAAAAAACCAGUCAGAGGUGAGAAAAUAAAUAAAUAUACACACGUCUAGAUAAUGCUAUUCAAAAUGAGGGCAGCUUUAAAACAUACCCGAUGCUUCAUUGUAGUAGACGUUGAUUCUGUCCAGCUGCAGGUCACUGUCGCCGUGGUAUGUUCCAGUUGGGUCAAUGCCGUGCUCGUCACUGAUCACCUCCCAAAACUGUAACAAAGAAUGCAAACCUUUGUAAGCCGUUAACACAUCACUGAGCGACGUACAACCAUUUUAAGUUAAAGCUGCAUUUCCCGCCGUGCUGGCUUCAGCGCGCGCGGCCUGGCCCCCUAAUGGCUGCGACUCGAUAGUUAUAAAUUUGAAAAUGUCUACUACGUCACUAACCGCCAAGACCGCCUACUUCAGGGAAAAGCCGGGCGCCGUUCAACCGGCAUCGUUAAGAAGGCCUCAAAGAGUCGGCAACCGUUACUAAACCAUCCCUGAACAAAGGGUGGGACCCGACGGUCCGUCUUCAGAAUUAUACCUUUCAUACCGUUAUUGUAAUAAAACAUUACGGUUCGAUGCUGUUCUCUUAUCAUCGGAAAAGCUCACUUCCUUUUUUCGCAAUGCAGCAAGUUUGCCGAGCGACAAAAACUGAUUUUAAACUAACGUUAAUUUGUCUACGUAAAUCACGUUGGUAUUAUAUGAAUUUAGCUAGAUAGUUUAAGUAUUUACGUGUUUGCUACCAAAGACGGCAUAAUUAUUUAGAAAUGCCAAAAUGAGUUUAAAGUGUUUUUAUUCGUAUAUACUGAUAUACAGAUUACGGCCCUAAAGACGACCCAACCAGAUAUUGGUUUAAAAUUAGCUUUCAACGGCAAUUUUCCCGAGUAGGACACAUCGCUAUUCCCAGGGUGUGGUUUCUGGAACGCGAUAAACACAAAGAAAGGGCUCCUAGAACAAGGAGGUCUUAUAUAAAACUACUCAAUUUUGAACUCAAACGGUAAAUACGGUUUUACUAACCUUUGCACCAAUCUGGUUUCCGCACUGGCCGGCUUGAAGAUGUACAAUUUCCCUCAUUUUGCUUUCCGGAGGUAAAGUUCGACUCUUUCAAUGGACGACUUUGUCUUUCUUUAUGUGCUGUGCUAAACGGCUCGACUUUCUACUUUAUAGUAGCGCAAGACCCGCCCUUUACGUCUCAACUCGAAUGUGUAUUGGCUGGUUUGCGCGAGCGUCAUUCACAGACACAAAUUUAAACCAAUCAAAUAGUCAAAUACUUGUCCACAAUUGGUCUAAUCUGCCUGUCAAUCACAUUCAUCUGGAACGUGUGACUAACGUCUAAUCUGUAGACGUUGGCCUGCCUGCUUCCCUCAUGAUGGCGGAAGAGAAAUGCCGCACUGACGACAGCUUUUAUUCUGCGACUCACAGCCUAACGGUGGCGUCUGAGGAAGAGAGUGAAACAUUUACUUCUGCCAAUAAACGGAACUUAUUUAGAUUUGAUCAAUUCUAAAACAGUAGCAUUACUGUGAUCUGACUGCUAGAUAGCCGCAGUCCACGUGGCUGACUAAGUGAACACAAUGGUCCAGUAUAGCAGAAGUUUCGCUAACGGAAACUGUCGCAACACAGCUGGACGUGACUGGCGUGGCUACAACCAUGAUGUUGUCAUGUGCCUCUUAAGGCCAAGGAGUCUACAGUUUUUCAUUCUAGCUAAGCACGACAGCAGCUCAUUUCACGUGUUAGUUCACCUUUCUCUGCCUGGAUUUGUGGUGAUGAGGUGAUGUACAGUUUGUUUGGAAUGAAGAGCUGCCUUCUUGGCCUUGAUUGUGCAUGAUUGAAUCCCCCAGGCAGUAACAUUUUUACAGAAACGGUUACACAUUUCUGUGGAGAUAUGUCAAAGUCGAGACAAUCAUAGACACACUGAGGAACAUUGAACACAGUGAAUAGUAGGCCGUCGACUUUAAGACGAUUUCCAAGGCAGGCACACAAAAGGACCCCUGCAGUGCCCUGAUAGAUAUGGUGGUAUUGAUCUUGUGUGAUAAUGAUGUGCCAAUGCAGCAGACAGAUUUGAUGAACUGAUUAAAGAAAGAAGAAUCAUUUUACUCUGGAUGUGCAUUACACCACACCUCCAUAGACCAGAAGAGCUCUCCUCCCGUCUCAACGCCUCGCUGUCAGACUCCCCUUUAUAGGCUGCCACACAGCAUCUUGCAGAUCCCUGGUUGAUUCUUAAUAUAAGGUAUGCAACUAUUAGCAUUCUGCUUGAAUGUAAGGUUUAAACACAACACUCUACAGAAGCUUGCUCAGACACAGAUGACGGUCUGUGUUUGUACUGUAUUGUCUGCUGUAAAGCAGAGUUAUUGGAUGAGGGCUGAUGGUUUAUUAAGAGUUCAUCUGAAUGGCAUGGACCUCUGUGCCUUAGUACAGGCUUUAUAUAAGCAGCCUAGCACAAUAUGCAUACCAUACAUUUCUAUGUAGAUUAGUUCUUAAGAAUCAGAAAUACUUUAUUGAUCCACAGGGGAAAUUGUUACAUCAUUGUUCUUACAUAGAAGCAUAAGACAAUAGAAAACAAUAGAAAUGAUGACUGUUACAUAACGAAAAGGAACAGUGUAGAUGCAGUUUUAAUGGCAGAGAAUUACACAGUUGAAUUAUUGUAAAAUUUAUUGUACAGUUUAGUGCAGACUGCAGAAUAUUUAAGACUUUCUGGAGGCGUAUGAAUAGUAAUUCAUUCAGUGGGUCUCAUUAAAUACAAAUAAUGUUAUUAUGAAUUAGUUUUCACACAGCGUGGGCCGAGAUGUUUUUACAGAAACACUGCUAUGCUUAUCAUAUCAUACAGUAUGUAGGUCGCGCUCAUAGUCUCUUCUGUGUGUGCAUUGUAAUCUGACACACAGAGGCCUCGUCUGUUUGCUCCAUGACGGUGCUGUGUCACAGAUGAGUCAGGAUACAAGCAGCUACCAGCUACUCUGUGCUGUAUAGCGCUGUGCCCCUCUCUAGACACGGCCAUAUUGUUGUCAAGUGCUUGCUUUUGGCAACAUGCAGACAUUUGGGCAGACUGACUUCGAGGUGCUGAGCUCUGGUACCUUGCAAUGUAAUCGGUCAUCCUCAUGCCUUUGGGUGAUUUGACAAAACUAUUGUGCAACAGUAGGGUUACAAGUUAGAACCCUGAUAGUACUGUGAUGUAGUGGGUCAGGACGCUCACAGCCCCAAACGACAUUCGCCACAGGCUCAAAGGGUGCUGCUCUGCCACUGGAGUUUACACAGUGCAACCAUCCACCAAGUAAUUCCUUAAAUCAGCGCAGCUUAAAAGAAACAGAAAUACAUGUUCAGUGAAUGUUUUGCAUAUACGUUCGAUAGAACAGUUUCCUCGUAAUGCAGCCAUGGAGGCCUUAAACAAAGGCUACAGCAGCUUGAUUGAAGGGGGACAUCUACCAGCAUUAUCAACGUUGUUAGCUAAUGUUACCACACUAUUAGCACAUUGGUUAAAACUGUUCCUGUUUAUAUUUGUUAGGUACAAAAUUCUUGUUUUUCUUCUUUUCUUGGAAGUCUGAGAUCUGCUCGUAUCUAAACAAUGUCAAAAGACUGUCUUGGCAUAUAUUUGAAUUGAUCUGUCCAGGUUUCUUCUUAUGACUCACUCCACAUGAACAUAUGUGGACACCCAAAUAUUACACACAAAGGAGAGUAUUGCGUAAUGUAAUGGUAAUUUUUUUACAUAGUAUAUAU